AUGGCAAAAGAUACUUCUUUGACUUUCCAGGGAAACAAACACACCAGGAAGUUGAAGAAAAACAGAGGAGUCAAUGAAAACCCACAUAAAAAAGAACCUAAAGUUUUACAUGGUAUGGAAAAAGCAAUUAGAGCCAUAAAAUCUGCCAAAGCACAAACCAGUCCCUUCAAGACCAAGCUGCAGGAAAACGAAUAUGAUCACUUCCAAUUCGAAGAAAUUGCGUUUGCACAAUCAUUCACAGGUUGUGGAGGAAAAAUAUUCGCAUGCAAAGAGAGAAAUAAACAGACAAACACACCAUUGCUCACACCUAGAAUUGUCAAUG